CGCUCUCGCUGGGCCCCCUCGGCGCUCGGCCCGCCGCCCUGCGUAGGGCGCGCGUGGCAGUUCGGGGCUCGCCAAGAUGUCGACCGCCAUGAAUUUUGGGUCCAAGAGCUUCCAGCCGCGGCCCCCGGAGAAGGGCAGCUUCCCGCUGGAUCACUUCGGUGAAUGUAAAAGCUUCAAAGAGAAAUUCAUGAAGUGCCUCCGCGACAAUAAGUUCGAAAACGCUUUGUGCAGAAAGGAAUCAAAAGCCUAUUUAGAAUGCAGGAUGGAGAGGCAGCUGAUGGCACAGGAACCCCUGGAAAAACUGGGAUUUGGAGAUUUGAUCGGUGGAAAACCAGAGGCAAAAACCUAACUCUUAAUGGGAGGAGGACCACCAGCUGCCCCAUCUUCCAGGAUGGAGCUGUUGUGCAACCUUGUCAACUGGCAGCUUAUAGUUAGGUGCUGUGACAUAGAGGCUUCCGGAAUGCCCUCCUUGACGGAAACAGCUCAUCCUGAUGUUUUCCAGGUUGUUUUGAAAAAUUAUUGUUGGUUUUAAAUCUCAUUUUCCCCCAAGAGUGUUGGGUUUUAUCUUUACGUCGCGUGUGGCAGAGGUCCUAGGGAGACCCGUGGCGGGCGGGAGGUAGGAGUGUGGAGUCAUGCCUGCUUGGCCAGGGGACACGCGGCCUGGGUGACACGGUGACUCCACGGCGUGAUACUGUGCGUGGCUUCCCGGUGCUGGCGCGCUGAGUGCUCUCAGCUUUGGCCUCCCACAGAGACAUGGAUACUGGGAGAAACUGUUCCGGGCAAAACGGUUUCCUUGUUGUGCUGCUUUGCACUGGUUCGUUUUCUGUUUUGUUUUUUUUUUUUCUUAAACAAAUUAUAGAGUAUGAACUUGGAAAGGAGAGAUCGUCUGGCUUUUGACCUAUUGGACUUAGUGAUAUUUUUCUGGUAAUGUCUGAACACCAAGUACCUUUUAACCAAAGGCUCAUUCUGUAACCGGUGCAGACCGUGUUGCAGUUUAAUUACAAGGGUCUGUUUAUCGUAACUGGGAAACAGGUGUCAGGACAUUUGUAGUUUGCCUCACGCGUGGUCUCCCAGCAUCUCCCUCUGAAAGAACAUUCAGGCUGACACGUGUCAGGGCGACGGUCCCGGGGCGUCUCGUUAGCCAGAGCCACCACCGGAAUCGCCUGCAGUCAUUUAAACCUCACAUGUACUCAGACCCGAGCCAGGAUUUCUGGGCGGCUUCGAUACGUGACCAGGGUUCAGGCCCACGCACGGAAUGCCACGUGUGUGUGGGUCUGGGCCCGGCGCUGCCUUCCCUGGCUCCCAGCUACCUGGCUUUGGUCCCAGUGUGGCUAAUGGAAGACGGUGGACACAUCCCCACCCAGACAGUGACCCUGGAGGGGACAGCCCGCCAUGACCCACGUCUGGGCUCCUGAAAGUCGCCACUGCCCACUCUUCGGCCGUGGGUGGUAGAGGCAUGUCCGUGUCCAGUUCUCUGCCUUCAGGUCACUCUGUUUUCAGUCCUUCCGUGGUGGAUGCCUCUUGGCUUAGACCCUCCCUGAAGUUAGUCCCUCCCGCGGCUGGUGCCACGUCCGCGGUGCCGACUCUGCCCCGUUCACCACGCGGGUGGCUCAGCACCUCCUGCUCCCGCUGCGGUUUGUCACUGUUGAGUAUUUGGUCUCUGUCUUACCCUGUCAUUGUGCUACAGACUUCUUUCACGUUAUCGUCCAGUUGGUGAAGUAUCUUCGCUCUUAUCACCAAACCAAACUGAGCCAUGAAACUAGUUUGUAUCUGCUAACUGUCCAGAAUUACGUAUGCACAAGGUUGUCGAUGCGGCCUUGUUUGUAGUUAGAAAACACUGAGGUGACCCAGAUGCCCACACGGGCGAGCUGUCAGUGACCUGUGGCUUGCGUGGCAGGAAGCGUGGAAUCUGAACUGACACGGGCUGACCUCCUACCACAGGUGCCGUACGUGAGAAAGGCAGACUCUGGAAGCACCUGUAGUAACGGUAACAAGGAAGACAGGGAACCAGAAGUAGCUGCACGUUUGUGCAAACACGAAAUUGAGGCAGGACAAAGCAGACACUAAGGAGGAUGGUCGCCGGUGUGCCGUGUAGCUCUGACUCAGCCGGAUUCCCGUUCUCCGUGCUCAGAAAUGACACGGCUGUGGGGCACCCAGUGUGCAGCUGCGGUGGGGGUGGGGCAUAGCGGGCCCUGCAGCUGUGGAAGGCAGGAGUCGGACCGGGCUGGGGACCAGAAGACAAGUUCUGUUCUCUGGCCAGCUCUGAAAACGAGUGUUCUAGGACCAGAGAGCUAGGGAGCGCAGAGAAGAGCCGGGAUCUUGGGAGUCCCUGUUGCAUCACAGAUAAGGUGGCCGGACAGAAAGACGGACUUAGGUGUUGUGCGUGCAUCCAUGUGGGCACCUGCCAGCUCUGGCAGCCAGGGGCCUUGAGCUGCGACACCCACAGCAGGUGCACACCCACACCCCGUCUCAGGCCGGAGUGCUGCUCCCAACGGCUGGAACCAGGCUCCUGAAGGGCUGGCUGGCGCCCGGGCCGGAGUGGGAAAUCCAACCCGAGCCCGGACCUUUUUGUGUCAGAAAGUAAGGAAUUGCCGGAAAUACGAUGGGGGCUUGUUGGAAGGACACAGGCCCCCCCGGGGAGCCACGUCUGGGCCAGUUUGGGCAGCAGAAUAUUGUAUUGGCUCAGUCUUCACAAUCAGUGACUCUGCACGAGUCCACGCUGAUACGUAUCACUAAUGGGAUCCCGGUUGGUCGGGGAGAGACAGCUCCUGGCGCUGGUCUGUCCCCCGCAGAAAUAGCGGGGGGGGGGUGGCAGUCACAGCACAGCCACAGGGGGUGUCGACGAGAACCGACCGGGGGCCUGGGCUCGGGCCGAGUGUGACGCGAAACCCGUGUUGGCCUGGUCUGGGGCCUCCCGCGGUGCAGCAGAGAUGUCGGUGUGGUCACGCUGGGUGACCUGCCCACGGCUCGUGUCCCCGUCUGACGCCCUCCUGGGGUGUUCUUACCUCCCUCCAGUGAGCAGACUCCAGACUACACACAGUCUGCAGAGCGAGGACCGGUGCUCUUCACAGGUGUCAGGGGCCCGAGAGGCCUGGGGUCCGGGGAGACAGACUGACGGCCACGCGGGCCCCGGGCCAGCAAGUGACGGGCAGCCGCUGGGGCCCAGCGAUGUGCAGGCUGGUUAUCAGGAUGCUUGGAUUCUUGUUCUGUGGUUAUGUAAGGUGGUGGUUGGGGAAGCUGGGCAUAUGAACUCUGUCCUAUUUUUGCAAAUUUUUGGAAGUCUAAAAUUAUUUCAAAAUGAAAAAAGUAUUUUGCAUUAAACUGGUUGAACUUUCCGUGUGCGUGGUUGAGUAAAUUCUCAUUCUGAGGUGCAUCCAGUGGAUUUUGAGGCAGCUGAUAAGACAAACGGUUUCGGCAAGUGGGGAGGAAGCGUGCGAGGAGAGGUCGCGGACAGCUUCCCGGCGCGGCCUUUGAUUUUCCAGAUCUGAGUUGCCAGCCGCGUGGUGCGUAGGGUGCAGAAGUCCUGUCCGUGCCAGAGCACCCGGUCCUCCGGCCUUGCUCAUGUAAAGCGCCCGCACACUGGUUGCAGGAAGCCAGCAGCGGUAUUCAAAGGCGCCCAAAGACAACUUCCAGAACGUUUUCCAAGUGUUCUCACGCGGGAGAUAGGCCGGGGAACCUGGGCCUCCACGGUCAGGCCUGGGCCCACAGCCACCUUCCCUGAAGAUGAGCCCCUCAGUCCGCUUCCCUCCGGCCCCACCCCUGGGGUGGGGCGCGCCGGAUGUGGCCACGGCCUCAGCCACACGAGUGUCCAGGGGCGCUCGGGGUGUAGCACUGGGGUUCCCUCUGCCCAGCUGUCCCACCAUCAAGAGCAAGACGGACUCUCCCCUCCAUGAAGCGUCCUGUGCUCAGUUAAGUCACCGCAGACCCAGUGGUGUAAACAAUACAGAUUAAUGCUUUUUCCUCAUAAAUAAGGCCCACAGGGUUGCGUUUCUUCGGGGCUCUGGCCAGAGUCUGUUUCCUUGUUCUUUCUGGCUUCUAGAGGCUCUCACGUUCCUUGGCCUGGGGCCCGCCCUCCAGGAGAGUGUCCUCUCUGUCCUCAGCUGUCCCAUCUUCUCCCUGACUCUUGACGCUCCUGCCUCCUGACCAGGACCCUCCUGACGACACUGCCCACCCAGAUAAUCCAGGGUCCCCUGCCAGCCCAAGAUCCUUAACCUGACCACCCCCUGGAAAGUCAGAUUCGCGGGGUCUGGCCAGGGACGCGGAUGUGGACUCUGCCGACCACACCGCCCCACACUGCAAAGAACCCUAUAGCAGUGAUGUGAGCGGGACACGGAAGCACGGGGCCUGGCUGGGCCUUGGGUCCGAGCUGCUGGAUGGUGAGUAGCUCACCCAUGCCCGUGCCCAGAAGACGUGCUCUCACACGGCUGUGGAGCUUUGUCUCGUUAUCUGCAGCAACCCGGUCAUGGAUCGAAUUUUUUCAGGGCUGGGUUUAAAGCCCCUAUUUUUCUGAAAUCUUUGGCACUUGCUUUGCAGCUGCUUCUUGCUGGCGGACGAUAGAGAACGGGUAUGUACUUGACAAACAGGAUCAGGUCAGAGCCAGCCCCUGCAUGUAUGUCAUGACUCCGUUCCUGUCCAGUGUUCGUCUCUCUAAUCUAAGGUACACGUGAGAGGUGUCUGGGAUCCCGGGCAGUGAACGGUCAUGAUACAUGUCCGAGUGACAGAAUCAUUUGGAUGUAUGUGGCUUUCCUCCAUGUAUUUUUCUUUAUGAUUGCAUUUUAUAACAAGCAUGUAUCAUUUUUAUAGAAACAAAUCAUUAGUUUGA